UUGCUGCCCGCGCGCACCUCCCCGUCUUUUCCGCUGCCCACAUUCCCCAAGGACACCUCACUGGUGGCCGCGGUCGCCCUCCUAGGCUUGUCUUCUUCUUUCCGCCCGCUUGCUUUUGGUCACUCCAACACCAACACGGCCAGCAAGCCCAAGCAAAAAGGAAAGGAAAGAUGAAAUGGCAGACAGACCGCCUACUGCUACUAUUUUACUGCACCUGACUCCUGAGUGAAGGGGACACUUCGCUGUGGAGCAGCCGAGUUCUUGUUAAGAUUCCAGGACAGGUCGACGAACAGGGGUUACAUGCUUACAUCUGGUGGCGCAAAUCUUGUGCUACGGAGGGCAACGAUGCGGUUCUGAUGGAUCAUCGCGACCAUUUUUCAGACCUCCAAGUAUGAAGAUGCUCUGCAUCAGACCGAGCAGAAUACUCUCCUGCCCGCACACCGCGUGACCCGGCGGUUGCGCUCGCUGCACCUGCACAGCACACAUACUGUUCGUCGAAAAGCCGCAAAGGCGACGGCUGCAGGUCGCAACCGUCGUCAUGAGAGAUCUCGCGUCCUGCCUCAGCCAAAGCGGCGUCCAAGUCGCACGUCCCUCGUCCUCAAGCGCCAAGACCAUGGUGCAGUGCGCCUACCAGGCCCGCCUGCGCGGCAAAUCCUGCAGGGUCACCGUCACCUGGAGCAAGGCGGCCAUGGGGCAGGCUCUGGCCGUCGCCAUCCAUGACUCCUCGGGCCGUUUCCUCUGCAAGACAGAGAUAAAGCCGUGGCUCUUCUCCAAGAGGAAAGGCUCCAAGUCCAUGGAGGUGGACGGCGGCACCCUGGACGUCCUCUGGGACCUGUCCUCGGCCAAGUUUGUGGGUGGGCCGGAGCCGCUGGAAGGAUACUACGUUGCUCUCAUCUUUGAUCUCGAAGCUGUCCUUGUGCUUGGGGACAUGUAUCACAAGGUGUCUUCGAAUGCUUUGCCUUCCGAUGCAGUCAUGAUAGCCAGGAAGGAGCACACAUACGGGAAGAAGGUGUACUGCACAAAGGCUCGGUUUUCCGACAUUGAUCAGCAUCAUAAUAUCACCAUAGAAUGUGACACGUCAGGGACGAAGGAUCCAAGCCUCGAGAUCAGGGUUGGGAAGAAGAGAGUACUGCAGGUGAAGAGGCUUGCAUGGAAGUUCAGAGGAAACCAGACGUUCUAUGUUGAUGGCCUGCCGGUGGAGGUGCUCUGGGAUGUGCACGAUUGGCUAUUUGGCUCGUCGAAUGGAUGUGCCGUGUUCUUGUUUCAGUCAGGCCGAUCCAUGCAGAAAUUUUUGUCAAGGCCAUCCUCACAGGACGAAAAGGAGCGUCAAGUGGGUCGGUUUGGUUUUACUUUGAUACUUCACGCAUGGAAGGUUGAGUAGCACAAACACGAUGAAAGAUUUCUUCGACUACUCCACAUCGGGUGAAUGAAUCCUGACAGUAGAAUAUAGGAUCUAGCAAGCCUAACAAAACCUUUUGCGAGUUUUCAUGUUCCUUAGUUCUUUGUUCUGGUUCUAGUGGUGGCAUGGUUAGCAGAUUGAGUUUUGAUAUAUCCAUAUGAUUUGGUAAUAUCAAUGAGAGGUGGAAUGUUUGGUCGAUUCUAGUGCUUCAUUUUAUUUUAUUUCCAUUCCACCUUGCAAACUUUGAACAGAAUUCCAACAAAUGCUGAAACGUUGUGUUAUGCUA